AUGUCACAGGGGGAGAGUGCCAGGGUAGCAGUGGACACUCUGGAGGUGGGGCCCCUGGCAUGCCACACCAAGUCAGGAUGGCUUGUGAGCCUGACACCUAAAUAUAGUAGUGUGAUGGAGUUAGCACCACCCCCCCACCUUCACCUCCCCCCCAUCUUCACCUCCCCGCCACCUUCUCUGUACCUCCCCCCUACCUUCUCUGCACCUCCCCCCUACCUUCACCUCCCCCCACCUUCACCGCCCCCCACCUUCUCUGCACCUCCCCACCACCUUCUCUGUACCUCCCCGCCACCUUCUCUGCACCUCCCCCCACCUUCUCUGCACCUCCCCCCCACCUUCACCUCCCCCCCCACCUUCACCGCCCCCCCACCUUCUCUGCACCUCCCCACCACCUUCUCUGCACCUCCCCGCCACCUUCUCUGCACCUCCCCCCACCUUCUCUGCACCUCCUCCCCACCUUCUCUGCACCUCCCCGCCACCUUCUCUGCACCUCCUCCCCACCUUCUCUGCACCUCCCCGCCACCUUCUCUGCACCUCCCCCCACCUUCUCUGCACCUCCCCGCCACCUUCUCUGCACCGCCCCGCCACCUUCUCUGCACCUCCCCGCCACCUUCUCUCACCGCCCCCCACCUUCUCUUCUCUGCACCACCCGCCACCUUCUCUGCACCGCCCGCCACCUUCUCUGCACCACCCCCCACCUUCUCUGCACCUCCCCCCCAUCUUCUCUGCACCUCCCCGCCACCUUCUCUGCAUUGCCUCCCCACCUUCACCGCCCCCCACCUUCUCUUCUCUGCACCGCCCCCACCUUCUCUGCACCUCCCCCCACCUUCUCUGCACCUCCCCGCCACCUUCUCUGCACCGCCUCCCCACCUUCACCGCCCCGACCUUCUCUUCUCUGCACCGCCCCCACCUUCUCUGCACCGCCCCGCCACCUUCUCUGCACCACCCCCCACCUUCUCUCGCACCUCCCCCCACCUUCUCUGCACCGCCCCCACCUUCUCUAUACCACCCCCCCACCUUCUCUAUACCACCCCCCACCUUCUCUCAUCUUUUCCUUUUCUAAAUUUGGAUGAUGACAUUAAAUGGAUUUGCUAUAAUUCUGUGUUCGCCAUAUUUGAAGAUGACAGUGAGGGUAAGACCCACGCCUCGGCUAAUAAAGGCACUCUGUGA